AUUUUUGUUUUCCCUUUCCGGGAUAAAUCUCUCUUGGUUUUCUCAACAAGUGGCUUCUGAUGUUGCAAUAGGGUUUCCAUUUUUUCUUUGUUUUCACCUGAGACUGUGCUUUGGUUUUCCCAGAUUCGUGGCUCUUCCAGGUUGAAUUUGGUAGGUUUUUUUCAAUUUAAGGUUAGGGUUUUGUGAGUGCUUGUCAAUGGUUUGUUGCGUGCAAGUUUAAUUGGGAGUGUUCAUUUUCGUACCCGCUUCAAUUUCUUCGUUGGUUCUGUUGCAGUGAGAAAUGGGCACUUUUUGUUUUUGAUUUUUCCGUCGAAUAAAGAAUCAAAAUCCAAGCUUUUUCUUUUUUCCUUAGCGGAUUUUUGAUUUGGGAUGAAUUUUUUUCCUCCUGCAUCUUGGGCUUCGUAGUGCAUUGAAUUUGUGCGGCAUUUACUGGAAUUUGGACCCUGCGAACUGAACAAAGUGACAUGCUGCGAUGAAGCGUGGUGCUUGGAGGGUAUUCUCAAAGUAGGACUCUCAAUUCGAGGUUGAAUGUUCAAUCAGAGUAUGGAUUCUGUAAGGGAUGCGGGUGAUGUUGCAGGGACAGUGCUAAUUCCCAUGCGGUUUGUGUGGCCAUAUGGCGGAAGGAGUGUGUUUCUCAGUGGUUCUUUCACACGGUGGUCUCAGCUUCUUCCAAUGUCGCCAGUCGAAGGUUGCCCAACUGUGUUUCAAGUUAUUUAUAGCUUGCCCCCUGGUUAUCAUCAGUACAAGUUUUUUGUUGAUGGAGAAUGGCGGCAUGAUGAGCAUCAGCCUUUUGUACCUGGAGAAUAUGGGAUAGUCAACACUGUCUUCUUGGCUACUGAUCCUAACUACAUACCUGUUUUAACCCCAGAUAUUGCUUCUGGAAAUAACAUGGAUGUGGAUAAUGAGGCUUUUCGCCGUGGGGUUCGGUUGACGGAUGGUACAUUGAGUGAGGUUCUGCCAAGAAUAUCAGAUGCUGAUGUACAGAUCUCCUGUCAGCGUAUUUCUGCAUUUCUGUCUAUGCACACAGCUUAUGAAUUAUUUCCUGAGUCAGGCAAGGUUGUUGCCUUGGAUGUUGAUCUGCCAGUGAAACAGGCAUUUCAUAUACUGCAUGAGCAGGGAAUUUUCAUGGCUCCACUUUGGGACUUCUGCAAGGGACAAUUUGUUGGUGUUCUUAGUGCUUUGGAUUUUAUUCUAAUUUUAAGAGAGCUGGGGAAUCAUGGGUCCAAUCUGACAGAAGAGGAGCUUGAAACACAUACCGUUUCAGCUUGGAAAGAAGGAAAAUCAUAUCUAAAUAGACAGAACAAUGGGCAUGGAACUGCAUUUUCCAGACCUUUUUUUAUCCAUGCAGGGCCAUAUGAUAAUCUGAAAGACAUUGCCAUGAAGAUCGUGCAAAAGGAGGUUUCAACAGUUCCUAUUAUCCAUUCAUCUUCUGAAGAUGGUUCAUUUCCUCAGUUACUACAUCUUGCUUCACUUUCUGGAAUACUUAAAUGUAUUUGUAGGUAUUUUAGGAAUUGCUCUAGUUCAUUGCCUAUACUUCAACUUCCAAUCGGUGCAAUACCUGUGGGCACGUGGAUGCCUAAAAUCGGGGAAUCAAAUCGGCGGCCUCUAGCAAUGCUGAGACCAAGUGCUUCUCUCGCUUCAGCCCUAAAUUUGUUAGUUCAAGCCCAAGUAAGUUCAAUACCGAUAGUCGAUGAUAAUGACUCGUUACUUGAUGUAUAUUGUCGGAGUGACAUAACGGCUUUGGCAAAGGACAGAGCAUAUACACAUAUUAAUCUUGAUGAAAUGACUGUUCAUCAGGCUUUGCAGUUGGGCCAGGACGCAUAUAGUCCCUAUGAGCUUAGAAGUCAAAGAUGUCAGAUGUGUUUGCGUUCUGAUUCUCUGCAUAAAGUGAUGGAACGUCUGGCAAAUCCAGGUGUGAGGCGGCUUGUUAUUGUGGAAGCUGGGAGCAAGCGUGUAGAAGGCAUUGUUUCAUUGAGUGAUAUAUUCAAGUUCUUCCUUGGUGAAUGAAGGAGUAAUAUGGUAUGUGCAGUGGUUAUAACACUUAAGCAUAUAUUUAGGCCCUCAUCAACCAUUCAGAAAAGAUUUCAGUGCUUUUUACAUGGUGAUUUUAUCUCUCAUUUCAUUGUAAUACAAUUGGAUUGGCCUCUUGCUUUAUUACCUCGUUUUAAGAUUUUAGGCUAGAGAAUGAGGCCUGUAUAUUUAUUCAUCUCUACUCAUUCCUAUUAUCUUCAAAUGUAUUGUGCUCCCAUAAUGUGGGGGAGCACAAGUUCUGUAAUCGUUUUAUACUGUGAACAUACAAAGUAUGAGAAAAAAAAAAAGAUAUUCUGAGACGAAUCUGCCACUAAUU